AUGGCUAAAGUGAGUUCUACGUGUGAAGGCAGGGGAAAGAAGAGAGGCAUAGGAGGAGAAGAAGAGAGCUCAAGAAUGUGCGCGAAAGCUCGAAAGAGCGGCUAUGAAGAGAAUGCCGGGGCUCUUUCCUCGGCUUGCAUGGAGAGGGUGAUGACGAGGAGAAUGCUGAGAGAGGCUUUAGAUGAGGAGGAAAGGAGGGUGACAGAAAUGUUGACGGAGCAGGAAAGGAGGUAUAAAGAGAUGUUGAUGGAGAGAGAGAGAUCGGCAUUCGUUGGUAUAGAAAAAAUAGAAGUGAUAAUGAUUGAGGACGACGAGGAGGAGGUGAACGGAAAGAAGGAUGAGGAGAAAAGAGAGGCUGAAGCCAUUGGAGAUCAGGCUCUUGCUGAGGAAAAGGUGGAGGAAGUGGCUGCCGGAGGAGGAGGAGGAGGAGUGUCGGAGAAGCAGGAAGAGAGUGGGUUGGAGAUUGAUCCGGAUGACUGGGGGUGGACUUGGAGUUGUGAGGAGAAGCAAAAAUGGUGGGAGAGCGUGUGCUAUCCGUAUUGGGAGACAAUGUGUUUUGAUAAUUGGGUUAACGUUGAUGAUCAAGAGCUUCCCUGGGAAGAUGAUCUUUGGAAUUUGCUGGACAUCAAAGAGGUUCCAAAAGACUUGAAGAAAUGA